AUGGAUAUGGAUAAACCAUCUGUCUGGGGCUCUUUGAAACAGCGGACCAGGCCUUUGUUAAUCAACCUGAGCAAGAAGAGGGUGAAAAAGAACCCCAACAAGCCCCUAGACUUACGAGCAAGGCGUUCUCUGGACCGCCGCCUCAGCCUCUCUGUCCCUGACCUCCUGGAGGCCGAGGCCUUGGCCCUGGAGGGGCGGCCUUACUCUGGGCCCCAGUCAUCCUACACCUCGGUGCCCAGCAGCCUGUCGACGGCAGGGACCUUUCCCAAGAGCAGCAGUAACUCCUUGAAACAGUCUGAAGAAGAAUUGGAUUGGAGCCAGGAAGAAGCAGGCCACCUCCACGUGGUGGAAACAGACUCGGAGGAGGCCUAUGCUUUUCCCGCCGAGGACAGGAGGCCUUCCAGCAAUGGCAUCUUGGAUCUGCUCCAGAAAACUCCCGUUGAAGAGGAUGCACUGGAAGAGCCAGAGAAGCUAUGUGGAAGUGGUGAUCUGAAUGCUUCUCUGACGUCCCAACAAUUUGAAGAACAAUCUAUGUUUGGGGAAGCCGGCGAUGGCUUGAGUAACCUGCCCAGUCCUUUUGCCUACCUCCUCACCAUCCACCUGAAGGAAGGCCGGAACCUGGUCAUCCGAGACCGCUGUGGCACAAGCGAUCCCUAUGUGAAAUUUAAGCUGAAUGGGAAGACGCUGUACAAAAGUAAAGUCAUAUAUAAGAACUUGAACCCAGUUUGGGAUGAGAUAGUUGUACUUCCAAUUCAAAGCCUUGAUCAAAAGCUCCGUGUGAAGGUAUAUGAUCGAGAUUUAACUACAUCUGAUUUCAUGGGUUCUGCGUUUGUCAUGCUCAGAGAUCUUGAGCUUAACAGAACGACUGAACAUAUUUUAAAAUUGGAAGACCCAAACAGUUUAGAAGCGGACAUGGGGGUGAUUGUAUUAAAUUUGAGCCUAGUAGUAAAACAGGGUGAUUUCAAGAGACAUCGUUGGUCAAAUCGGAAGCGAUUGAGUACCAGCAAGUCCUCUUUGAUACGUAACCUGCGGCUCUCAGAGUCCUUGAGAAAGAACCAACUCUGGAACGGGAUUAUAAGUAUAACGUUGUUGGAAGGGAAGAAUGUCUCAGGAGGAAGCAUGACAGAGAUGUUUGUCCAGUUAAAACUGGGAGAUCAGAGGUAUAAAAGUAAGACACUGUGUAAGAGUGCAAAUCCGCAGUGGCGGGAACAGUUUGACUUUCACUACUUCUCUGACAGGAUGGGCAUUUUGGACAUUGAAGUGUGGGGAAAGGACAGCAGAAAGCACGAGGAGCGUCUGGGCACGUGCAAAGUGGAUAUCGCGGCCCUGCCGCUCAAGCAAGCCAACUGCUUGGAGCUGCCUCUAGAGAGCUGCCUGGGGGCUCUCCUGAUGUUGAUCACACUUACUCCCUGUGCCGGAGUCUCCAUCUCAGAUCUGUGCGUGUGCCCCUUGGCAGACCCCGGCGAAAGAAAGCAGAUUGCCCAGCGAUAUUGCUUACAGAAUUCCUUGAAAGAUAUGAAGGACAUCGGCAUUUUACAAGUGAAGGUUUUAAAGGCAGUAGAUCUCUUAGCAGCAGAUUUCUCAGGGAAGAGUGAUCCUUUUUGCUUGUUGGAGUUAGGCAAUGACCGACUUCAGACACACACCAUUUACAAAAACCUCAACCCCGAGUGGAACAAAGUUUUUACAUUUCCUAUUAAAGAUAUCCAUGAUGUUUUGGAAGUGACAGUGUUUGAUGAAGAUGGAGACAAACCUCCUGAUUUUCUUGGAAAAGUUGCCAUUCCCUUGCUGUCCAUUCGAGAUGGACAACCAAAUUGCUACGUGUUGAAGAAUAAAGAUUUAGAACAAGCUUUUAAAGGAGCUAUUUACUUGGAGAUGGACCUCAUAUAUAAUCCGGUCAAAGCAAGUAUUAGGACCUUUACUCCCAGAGAAAAGCGCUUUGUUGAAGAUACCCGCAAGCUGUCCAAGAAGAUUUUAUCAAGGGAUGUAGACCGUGUGAAAAGAAUCACCAUGGCAAUGUGGAGUACAAUACAGUUCCUUAAAAGCUGCUUCCAGUGGGAAUCCACGUUGAGAAGUGCUGUUGCAUUCGUGGUAUUUUUAGUCACUGUCUGGAAUUUUGAACUGUACAUGAUCCCCCUGGCAUUGUUGCUACUCUUCAUCUACAAUUUCAUCACAUCCACAAAAGGGAAGGUUGGCAGCAUCCAGGACAGCCAGGAGAGCACCGACUUAGAGGAGGGGGAGGAUGAAGAUGACAAGGAAUCUGAGAAAAAGGGGUUAAUUGAGAGAAUCUAUAUGGUACAGGAUAUUGUUUCAACUGUUCAAAACGUCUUGGAGGAAAUAGCUUCUUUUGGAGAAAGAAUUAAAAACACAUUUAACUGGACGGUCCCGUUCCUCUCGUUCCUGGCCUGUUUGAUCCUGGCAGUGACCGCCAUCAUUUUGUAUUUUAUUCCACUCCGGUACAUCGUUUUAAUCUGGGGCAUAAAUAAAUUUACAAAGAAGCUUCGAAAUCCCUAUGCCAUCGACAAUAAUGAGCUGCUAGACUUCCUCUCCAGGGUACCAUCUGAUGUUCAAAAGGUGCAGUAUGCAGAAUUGAAACUCUGCAGCAGCCAGAGCCCCCUUCGGAAGAAGCGCAGUGCUCUCUAG